GCAACGUGACAGUUAGACAAAGGGUACUAAGGGAGAUUGUGGAGUACAGAUCAAGUGGCAAGCAUUUGUUUCAGGAAAAAAUGAAAUAGGCUAAAUAAUGGCAAGUUGUGAAACGACUUGGAAUGCAAACGAAAAGUACUAAACUGUUUUUAGAAUUCGACCAGCGUUAAGAUGGAGAUUGAGCUGCAUACUCUUUUUAAAAGCACCGGGUUUUCAUUCGUGCGGAAUUGCUAAGAAAAUAAUGACUAAUGAGCAAAUAUGCAGCUGGAAUUCUGAAGACAAUAGAACAAAAAGGAAUUGCCACAAGAAAGGAAUAAUUGGAAAUUGGAAGACAAAAUACAACGGAAACUGCUAUCAAGUUUGCUAAACAGACAAACUAAUUUGGAUGAUAUUCACCUGUGAAGACAUUCAUUGAAUGAACAUACCAAAUGCAGACAGAAAUAUGUAUUUGGGAAAGGUUUUACUGUUUGUUCUUCUCAUAAAUUGCGCAACUUUGAGUUUCUCUUUAUCUACAUGUGCCACAGUGGAUAUUGACCAUGUGAAAAGGAAGAGGGUCGAGGCAAUACGGGGACAAAUUCUGAGCAAACUCCGACUGACCAGUCCGCCACACUCUCUUGGACCAAGUCAAAUCCCCUAUCAAAUACAAGCCUUGUAUAACAGCACGAGGGAGCUACUUGAGGAGCUGCGAAGAGACCGGCAGCAAAGUUGCGGCCAAGACAACACAGAGACCGAGUACUAUGCCAAAGAAAUAUAUAAAUUCAGCAUGGUCCAAGGACCACCAGAAAACAACGAGCUGCACUAUUGUCCAAAGGGUAUCACUUCCAAAGUGUUCCGCUUCAACGUCUCUGCCAUGGAAAGAAACUCCACCAAUCUGUUCCGGGCUGAGUUCCGUGUUCUGAGAGUACCCAACGCCAGCGCCAAGAGGAACGAACAGAGGGUUGAGCUCUACCAGAUUUUGAAGCCUAAUGAGCACAUUGCUAAGCAACGCUACAUCGGAGCCAAGAAUGUCCUGACCAAAGGCACUCCAGAAUGGGUCUCCUUCGACGUGACAGAGACUGUGAGGGAGUGGCUGAUGUACAGAGGAACAAACUUGGGACUGGAGAUCAGCGUGCACUGUCCCUGUCACACCUUCAGCCCUAACGGUGACAUCAUCGACAAUGUGAAUGAGGUGCUGGAGGUCAAGUUUAAAGGGGUGGAGGGGGAGUACGAGGACCAGAGCCGCUUGGACAUGGGCCGUCUGAAGAAGCAGAAGGAGCAGUACCUCCCGCACCUCAUCCUCAUGAUGAUACCCCCUCAUCGCCUGGACGCCCAUUCCACACGCCGACGUAAACGAGCGCUCGACACCAACUACUGUUUCUCCAACGUUGAGGAGAACUGCUGCGUUCGUAGACUCUACAUCGAUUUCCGCCAUGACCUAGACUGGAAGUGGAUCCACGAGCCUAAGGGUUACUAUGCCAACUACUGCUCCGGGCCAUGCCCUUACCUGAGGAGCUCUGAUACCACACACAGCACGCUGCUGAGCCUAUACAACACUCUGAACCCAGAGGCCUCCGCCUCCCCAUGCUGUGUCCCUCAAGACCUCGAGCCCCUCACCAUCCUCUACUACUCUGGUCGCACCCCCAAGGUGGAGCAACUCUCCAACAUGAUCGUCAAGUCUUGCAAGUGCAGCUGAGAAGGCCCGAAGAAGCCAGGUAGUCCAUUUGGUCUAAUAGUCCCACCUCUUGAGAGGCUACAUCUACAUGCCGGUUCAUUUCUAUACUUCAAUGGACAUUGGGGCCUCGUUGGCCAAGGUCUAAACACCACUUCCGAAUCCCCAUCCCUGUGUGAGUUAAUCUUGCAGUGUUUGACCAUGGGGGACCUUUGUUUUCCUUGUUUAUGUUUGGUCAGUUAAAUAUGCCAGGUAGUAUUGCUGUACAUUUUGUUGGACUGUCUUUGGUUCUCCUUUUUAUAGACAUUGGUGGGCAUUAUCAGCGAAUACAAAGCAGAAAGGACCGAUUUGCUGCCGUGUCCAAAGACAUAGCUGUGGUCAGGAAAGCGAGGACUGAGAGAAUGCCUGUCGGAUUUGCAAUGGAAAGUGAGCGAGCGAAAAAGGUUGAGCCAAACUGUUUUUGUGGCCAUAGCAGCCUUGACAAUUUUUGACAAUCAGAACGGUCAACAGAGAGAACAUUUCUGCAUAAUGGAGAGGAUUCAACGUGCCAGCCAUUAGCACACCUCAACACUAACGUUCACUGGAAGAUUUCAUCCCUGACGGCUUCAAAUGAUCUUUUGGGACAUCAUACAAUAUGCUGGAAACAACUCGUUGUGCAACUCGUUUUUGGUGACAUUUCUUUGACGUUAAUGGCUGAUGUGCUUUGUUAUGCAACGGAUGUCAAGUGGUGAUUGUUUCACUACCUGAGAGAACAUUAAUGCAGUAUGUGUUUCAUUAUUAUCCAUGGAAACUCUUUUAUAUUAAACUGUGGUCAUUGAUU